AUGGAGCAAGAUACCUGCAAUGAAUCAGUUCGAUAUCUUUCUCCAGGGUUUUAUUACCCUCGUCCACCUCGUAAUGUUCUCCCUCUCACAUUCUUCUCUCUUCCAAGAGAGAUCCGUGAUAGUGUUUAUCAUUAUACCUUGGUAUCAACAUCAAAUAUCAUUGUCUGGAAAGGCAAGUUGAAACACGAGUUGUUGCCCAUAUAUAAGGGGAGACGACGAAUUUGGUCGGGCGAGCCUACCUCACGUUUAAUAUGGCGAGCCGUUAGCCACAAGGAGACAUCCGUUAGUCUUUCCACUCUCAAUAUCAAACUCUUGUUUUGUAGUAAGGUGGUGAGCCAUGAAGCCGCCAUAGUCUUCUACAACAAGAACACAUUUGCUUUCGAGGGAGAUCAUAACUGGGAUCCUGUUGUUCAUUGGCUGAAAACCAUCGGCACGGACAAUCGAAAUUCUCUUGCAAUUCUGGACGUGUGUGGAAAGCGACCCGAUCAAGUGUGGCAAAAUCACUGUGGAGAGCGUAUCCACCAUCCUUUGAAGUUUUCAAAUGAGGAAAUAUACCUUAGGCAUCUAUACUUUGCCACCUCCAUAGAUGGUUUCAAAUAUGGCUGCGUCGACAAUAUCAACCCGAUUUUAGAGGAAGUUUUUGUAUUGUUAGGAAAGCGGGUCUCUAACAAGAAAAUUACUAUUGUCAUGCAAACUGGCAGAUUUUACCCUGGUGGAGGGACCGAUCCUGUUGAUCCCGAUGAGCUAUUCCCGGAAGACGGCUGGUACAGCAUGGAGCUGCCAAACUUGAUAGAAAAGUUUCUAGAGCUUUAUUCAACCCGCUCUAUGAAGCGUUCAGUGGAGGUAAUCUGGAAAGGAUUGACAUAUAAACGAGUCCUGGAGACGGAUUUCAUGGAGAAUCUUGGGUGGACUAUCUCCACCUCACCCGUCGAACAUGAAGAAGCACUUGCUAUAUUUGGUAAAUAUCACAACCAAUAUGAGACUUUCGCUAGAUAUUCACUGAAGAGAAAGAAACUCACGGGACCACUUAUAACUCAAGAUCCUUCGCCCUUUUCUGACAUGUAUGUAUACUCACAGAUCAAUAGGGAGGAUUAUUUGUAG